AUGGCCGACAAUGUCGUUAAUGUUCUUCUACAGCAACUACCCCUACUCAUACAAGGAGCAAGUUUCCUUUCUGAAGUUGAAGAUGAAGUCAAGUCAUUUCAAAGGGAGCUUGAGAGGAUAAAUAUCUUCCUUGAGAACUCCAAUAAGUUUGCUUAUGAGGCUGAGGAUGUUAUCGACACGUUUAUCCUCAAAGUCGAAGAACAAAGGAAGAGGAAUAUUGCAGGGAAGAUAGUCUAUGGCAUUAUGCAUGCAAAAAUGCUCCGUGAUGUUGCAAAGAAGAUAGAAGGCCUCAACAAAGAGAUCAAAAAAAUCUAUGACAAUAUAGAAAAGUACGAAAUUGAAAAAGAUGAAAUAAGUGUAGAUACAGAAACAGAGAAGGCAAUGCACAGACGUAGGAGAUACGUCGAGGAAGAUGAAGUGGUGGGCUUCGUUAAUGACUCUUAUACAUUGGCGAAUCAACUUACUUAUGAAACAGAGAAUUCAAAUCUUGAUGUCAUUUCAAUCGUUGGCAUGGGUGGGCUGGGAAAGACCACUCUUGCAAGAAAAAUCUACAAUAAUGAUCACAUGCCAAUAUCAGAUGAGUUGACAACGAAACUCAAAGGGAUGAGUGAGGAACAUGCAAAAGUGUUCCUAGUAGAGAAGUUGCACAAAUGCUUGCAAGGGAAGAGGUACUUAGUAGUCAUGGACGACAUCUGGAAAACCCAAGACUGGAAUGAGGUAAAAGAUGCUUUUCCUAUAACUCCAAUGGAAGCAGAAUAUUAA